CUUCGUUUUCUAUAAAAAACGAAAACCCAGAGAGCUCUUAAAGGAAAAAACAAAAAGAAAAAGAAAAAGAAAAAAAAAAGAAAAAAGAGAAAAUGGGUGCAGCAGCAGUGGAAUUUCUUCCGAGAGAGUACGGAUAUGUGGCUCUAGUUCUUGUAGCCUAUUGCUUCCUCAACUUCUGGAUGGCCUUCCAAGUUGGCAAAGCUCGUAAACGGUAUAAGGUUUUCUAUCCAACUCUUUAUGCUUCGGAGUCCGAAAACAAAGACGCGAAGAUCUUCAACUGUGUUCAGAGAGGGCACCAGAAUUCGCUGGAAAUGAUGCCGAUGUUCUUCGUGUUGAUGGUAUUGGGAGGGCUGAGGCAUCCAUGCGCCACGUCUGCAUUGGGAAUUCUGUAUGUUGUCAGUCGUUUUUUCUACUUCAAAGGCUAUUCCACCGGUGACCCUCAGAAGCGCCUCACUCUCGGGAAAUAUGGAUUCUUGGCUAUCUUCGGGCUGAUGGGUUGCACUAUUUCGUUUGGGGUUAGUCUUCUUCGUGGUGGAUGAGUUCAUAUCUCUAAUUUGCAAAACUUUGCCAUCCUUUUUCCUGCGACUAUUUGGUCUCUACUGUUCGCUUUUUCUAUCCAUUCCUAUUUUGCCUUUUUUUUUUUUUUUCCGUAGCUAUGGAUUAAGAAUAAGGAGAUAUAAAAGCUAGUUUUUAAUGUAUUGGAGUAUUGUUUAUGUUGGAUUUUAGUUUGUGGGCGUCAAUGUUGGAUGUAAUUCUAACAGUUCAAUAUCAAUUGCAGAUAAAGUCGAACUAGAUAGAGAUUUGCCAAUGCA